AUGCCUCAUUAUACAUCAGAUAAUGACAAUAAUACCGAGGAAUUAGCUGAGGGUUCUCGUAGUAUCAUUUUGAACAUUUGUUCUCAGCUUACAAAAGGCACAGACUUGCACAAAGUGACCUUGCCCACUUUCGUACUUGAACCCAGAAGUAUGCUGGAACGUAUCACUGAUUUCAUGGCGCAUCCCGAAUUAUUUAUAAAUAUCCCAAGUAUCAAUGAUGAUACCGAGCGGUUUAUUGCAGUUGUUAAAUGGUUUUUGGCCGGUUGGCAUAUCAAGCCUAAAGGAGUCAAAAAGCCUUAUAAUCCUGUAUUAGGCGAGUUUUUCCGUUGUCGUUACAGCUAUGAAGAUGGCACAAAUGCAUAUUAUAUUGCAGAGCAAGUCUCACAUCAUCCUCCAGCUUCGGCUUAUUUUUAUACAUGUCCUCAACAUAAAGUCAUCAUCACCGGCGAUUUAAAACCAAAGUCUCGGUUUUAUGGCAACAGUGUGGCUUCUUUGAUGCAAGGAACAAUCAACUUCAUUUUGCCGUCUCGACACAAUGAAAGGUAUGAAGUGAAAAUGCCCAACAUGUACGCUCGUAACAUUCUAAUUGGCACCAUGACUUUAGAGCUAGGUGAUGCAUCUGUCGUUCGCUGUGCUUCUAGUGAUCUGGUGUGUGAAAUGGACUUUCAGACAAAAGGCUUCUUUUCAGGCCAACCCAAUUCAGUAGUCGGCAAAAUCAAGAAAGAAUCCACAGGUCAAGUUCUAUAUGAGAUUUGUGGACAAUGGUCAGAUGAAUUGUUCAUAAAGAAUAACAGCAGUAGCAAUAACAGUGAGUUAUUGGUGGAUGUCAAAAAGUUAAAGAUUCAGCCACUUCUUGUGCCAGAAAAUCAAGAACUUAAAGAAUCUAGACGACUGUGGUCUAAAUUGACAGAAAAUCUUCUAAAAAACGACAUGGAUAAAGCUACUGAAGAAAAGACCAAAGUGGAGGAUCACGAACGUGCCCUAAGAAAGGAGAGAGAAGCCAAUAAUGUUGUUUGGACAUAUCGCUUCUUUGAUGCCGAUAGCGAUACUUACAAAUUCAAAUUAAUGGAUCAGUAA